UGCAACUUAUUUAGUUAUAGUUUGUUCCAAAAUCUCCUAAUACCAACUCGCGAACUCGCGCGUGAAUUGCCUUCCCUUCCUCCUCAAAGGCCCAAGCGGCCAGGAACCGAGAAGCCAUGCUUGUUUCUUUGAUUUUGAAUUCUAUUUGAAAGAGAUGGGUAGAAGGAAGCAAGCCCGCCCGAAUCGGUCUGGUGGAUUAGUUAUAGCAAACAGUGCUUCUGAAGCAGAGUUGGAUAAACAAAAAGCACCUAAGACUGACUCAGCAGAAAAGGCCAUUCCAGUCAGUAGACCUUAUUAUGUGGAAGUUGAUAAGAGUAAUUGGGUUUCAAAUGACCACUUUGAUAUAUCUGAAGUCAUCUUAAAUGAUUUGAAUUUAGGAGAAGCCUAUUCUAGUUGUAGAAUAAAGUCCAACUUUUCUCAGGAGUCUAAGUAUUCCUUAAGGGUUCGAGUGUGCAAUGUUGAUGGAUUUGUUCUCGAUCGUAUUAAGCUGGGUUAUUGGCCUGUGCUUUCCUCCAGUGAUAUAUCAUUGGAAUGUAUUGAGGAAUCCAUGGUUGAGGAUAAGGAAAUGCAAUCUGUUAUUUUCUCUGGCAGCUUUGAUGGACCCGAUGAAGGUAUUACUAGUCUUGUUCAUUUGAUAAGUAUGGAAUUUUUGACACUAAGGCCAGUUCUGGGGUUUAAUUAUUCAGAGGAGAUGAUGUCUCUGAGAGUCAGGGUCGAGAUACUUAAGAAAGCUUUUGAUUCUUGCAAGUCCCUUCUGGAAAAUACCAGGCAAUUGUGGAAGAAGAGUAUGAUGAAUGUAAUGGCUUGGCUGCGACCAGAGGUAGUAACUUCAGAGGCUAGGUACGGGGUUACUAAAUCUACAGAAGUUGACUUGGUUGGAGAGAUGGGAAAUGAUAUCUCCUACUCUAGGAAACGCCCAAGGUUUGAUGUUGCUGGGUUCUAUGAGGCCAUUAAGCCAUCAAAAUCCAGUCCAACACUCAAUGAUGACCUACCUGACUUACUUCCUGUGCUGAGACCAUAUCAGCGUCGUGCAGCUUACUGGAUGUUACAACAAGAGAAAGGACAUUCAAGAGAUUCAAUAGAAAAGGAAAGAAGUCAAUUCUUUUCUCCUUUAUGCAUGCCUGUGGAUUUUCUCGACAGUUGUUUAACAAUGUUCUAUAAUCCAUUCAGUGGCAAUGUUUCAUUGUGUCCAGAUAUUUCUUCACCGCAUAUCUUUGGUGGGAUUCUUGCUGAUGAGAUGGGUUUGGGUAAGACAGUUGAACUACUUGCCUGCAUAUUUGCCCAUCGGAAGUCAGCAUGCGAAGAUGGCAUCUUUAUUGAUAAUACAUGGCAAGAUUCUGGGGAUCAGAAAAUUGAUCGUAAAAGAUUGAAACAAGAGCGUGUUGAGUGCAUAUGUGGAGCUGUGAGUGAAAGCUAUAAAUAUAGAGGGCUGUGGGUACAGUGCGACAUUUGUGAUGCUUGGCAACAUGCAGACUGUGUUGGUUAUUCAACUAAGGGAAAAAAGAAGAGGUCAGCAAUUGAGGUACAAAAAUAUAGAAAGAAAACUACAAUAAACUUUGUUGAGAGAGAUGGAGAGCAUGUUUGCCAGAUGUGCUCUGAAUUGAUACAAGCUAAUGAAUCUCCUAUAGCUACUGGUGCCACUCUUAUUGUCUGUCCAGCUCCUAUAUUACCCCAGUGGCAUGCUGAAAUUGCACGUCAUACACGUCCAGGUUCCUUGAAAACUUGUGUAUAUGAAGGUGUGCGAGAUACAUCUCUUUCAAAUAGAUCUGCAAUGGAUAUUAGUGAACUUGUUAGUGCUGACAUUGUACUAACGACAUACGAUGUGCUUAAAGAGGAUUUGUCACAUGAUUCUGAUAGGCAUGAAGGCGAUCGACACUUUCUGAGAUUCCAGAAGAGGUAUCCUGUUAUUCCAACUCUUCUCACCAGAAUAUUUUGGUGGAGGGUGUGCUUGGAUGAGGCUCAAAUGGUGGAGAGUAAUGCUGCUGCUGCGGCAGAAAUGGCUCUUCGAUUAUCUGCUAAGUACCGUUGGUGUAUUACAGGGACUCCUAUACAACGGAAACUUGAUGACUUAUAUGGACUUCUAAGAUUCCUUAAAGCAAGCCCUUUUAAUGUUUCUCGGUGGUGGAUUGAUGUUAUAAGAGAUCCAUAUGAGAGGGGGGAUGUAGGAGCAAUGGAUUUUACACAUAAUUUUUUCAAGCAAAUUAUGUGGCGUUCUUCAAAAGUACAUGUUGCCGGUGAGCUACAGCUCCCACCUCAAGAAGAGUGCGUAUCUUGGCUCGCCUUUUCAGCCAUUGAAGAGCACUUUUACCAGAGACAGCAUGAAACUUGUGUCAGUUAUGCCCGUGAAGUUAUUGACAGUUUGAAAGAUGACAUUCUCAAAAGAAGAGUCCCAGGUUUUGGUUGUCCACCUCCUAAUGAUUCAGCAGAUCCUUUCAUCACUCAUGCAGAGGCUGCAAAGCUACUCAACUCACUCUUGAAGCUUCGCCAGGCCUGCUGCCAUCCUCAAGUGGGAAGUUCUGGACUGCGUUCCGUUCAACAAUCCCCCAUGACUAUGGAGGAAAUAUUAAUGGUUCUUAUUGGUAAGACCAAGAUAGAGGGGGAGGAAGCUCUCAGGAAGUUAGUUGUUGCUUUAAAUGCACUGGCAGGGAUAGCUAUAAUUGAGCAAAAAUUUUCUCAAGCUGCAUUAUUAUACAGAGAAGCAUUGGCUGUGACUGAAGAACACUCUGAAGAUUUCCGCUUAGACCCUUUGUUGAAUAUUCACAUUCAUCACAACCUUGCUGAGAUACUUCCGGUUGUCACUGACUGCUCAACCCAUCUCUCCUCAAAUGGGCAACAGUUACACGGAAACUCUGGAAAGGUCUUCAAGUUACAGACAUGUGAAGAAUGGGAAACUAAUGCUCUAAAGAGACAAAAAGUUAGUGGAGAGCAUGAUUCAGACUUUACUGUUGAUACUGAAAAUAUUUUAUUUGCAUCAGAAAAUGCCUUAAAUGGUGACAAGGGAGGUGAUGAUAAAUCCAAUUUACCAUCUAGAUCCUUCAGCGAGGGAUAUUUGAAAGCAACUUGUGAAGAAUUAAAACAGAAAUACCUAUCCAUGUUCACUGCAAAGCUUUCUAUGGCUCAAAAAGACUUCAGAAAGUCAUACAUGCAGGUUUGUAAUGCAAUCAGUGACGGAGAAAAUCAGCACUCAGCAUGGUGGUUGAAUGCUCUUUAUCAUGCUGAGCUGAACAAGGACUUCAAAAGAGAUUUGAUAAAAAAGAUUGAAGAAGCUGUCUCAGGAACUCUUAACAAUUCGAGGUCAUCCAGAAUUGCCUCCCAAUUCCGUAGCAUUGCUGCUUUGAAGUACCAUAUUCAGACUCGUCUGGACCAACUAGAAGCUUCUAGGAAAACUUUGCUUGAUCGGCUGCUGGAAAUUGAUUUGACAAUGGGGCAACCAAAAGAAGCAGAUAUUGAACGUGUGAGAUUCUGUCGAAUUUGCCAAGCUGUUGAUGAUGGUCCUAUAUGUCUUCAUUGCGAACUAGAUGAAUUAUUUCAGGAUUACGAGGCAAGACUGUUUCGUCUUAACAAAUUACGUGGAGAUAUUAUUACAUCUGCCGAAGAGGCAGUAGAUUUGCAGAAAAAGAACUCUGCACUAAAUCGUUUCUAUUGGAACUUAUCGGGGACCAAUAGAAGUUCAACAUCAUCUGAUGAUGCCAAUGAUGCAUCAAAGAGGAGAGAUGCUGGAGAAAGAGUAGUGGUUUCAAAAUCACCCUCCGAAUUGGAGGUUGUUCUUGGAGUUGUAAAGAGCUAUUGCAAAAUGCAGUUGGGGAAGGAGGGUAUAUCAGCAGCCAGCAAGCAGCUACACAUACUGGAGGGCAUGAGAAAGGAAUACAGCCACGCCAGGUCCUUGGCAGUUGCUCAAGCUCAAAUUCUGCAUGCUCAUGAUGAAAUUAAGAUGGCAACAUCGCGUUUGCACCUAAGAGAAAAUGAGGAUGAUAACUCUCUUGAUGCUUUAGGUCCAAAUGAAUUAGAGUCCGCUAGCGUGCUCCAGUCAAGUGAGAAGUUCAUUUCCUUAACCUUGUUGUCCCGUAUAAAAGGGAGGCUUCGUUAUUUAAAGGGUUUAGUAUUAUCCAAGCAGAAGCCACCACCAGAAAGUUCAAGUAAUUCCUCAUUAACUCAAGAAAUGGCUACAAUGUCAACAUCUGAGGAGAAGAUGAGUGAUGACCUACCCAAAGAUGAUGAGGAAGCAUGUCCAAUCUGUCAAGAAAAGAUGCAUAAUCAAAAGAUGGUUUUUCAAUGUGGCCAUGUUACUUGCUGUAAAUGUUUAUUUGCCAUGACUGAGCAUCAUGACAAUAAGUUCCAAUGUAAAUGGGUUAUGUGCCCAACCUGUCGACAGCAUACAGAUUUUCGGAAUAUUGCUUAUGCGGAUGACAGAAAUGACAAAUCUUGCAAUUCAGCCGUAUUAAAUACAGUUCAAGGUUAUGAAAAGUGUGAAGCAUCUUUGAUUGUGCAAGGGUCAUAUGGGACAAAGAUCGAAGCAAUUACAAGAAGAAUCUUGGGGAUCAAAUCUUCAGAUCCUGAAGCAAAAGUUCUAGUUUUCUCAAGUUGGAAUGACGUCCUUGAUGUACUAGAACAUGCUUUCAAUGCUAAUGGCAUUACCUAUAUCCGGAUGAAAGGAGGCAGGAAAGCACAUAUUUCCAUCAGCCAAUUUAGAGGACAGAAAAGCAAUACAAUAGGAAAUCACAGAGUACAUAGCCAAAAAGAAUCACCAAAACCUAUUCAAGUUUUGAUGCUCUUAGUCCAACAUGGAGCCAACGGUCUUAAUCUCUUAGAAGCACAGCAUGUUGUUCUUGUGGAGCCAUUACUUAAUCCUGCAGCAGAAACACAAGCAAUUAGCCGGGUACACCGAAUCGGGCAGGAAAAUAGAACACUAGUCCAUCGGUUUAUGGUUAAAAACACUGUAGAAGAGAGCAUAUAUAAGCUGAAUAGGAGUAGAAACACCAGCUCCUUUAUAAGUGGUAACACAAAGAAUCAGGAUCAGCAGCUUUUGACGCUGAAGGAUGUUGAGUCCUUGUUCACAUCCACAGUUCCAAAAGGUGAUGAAGAGCUGACUGAAAGUCUUAGACAUUUGCCUCCUUCAGCUGCUGCUGCUAUAGCAGCUGAGAGGCGACUAAAGGAGAAUACAGCAUGACACUCUUCGUGACAAAUAAUAUAUACAUACAUUUCUUUUACAUAAGUAUAAAACACCAGAAUGUAACUGCAAUAAAGCAAUCUUCUGGCAAUCUUACAUCCGAGACACAGCUCUUAAUCAUCCCACUGUAUAUGUAGGUUCUCCAACCAAACAUUUGUAUAGUCUUCUAGUUAGAUUUUUUUUUUUUCUUUUUCUGUACAUAGCAAAAUGCCAAUGUUAACUCUUUAAGUUGGAUCACAUUAAGCAGCCACAAAGACUAACUGAAAUGGUCGCUCAUUGUAGAUAACUGAUUCAUUAUUCACUACAUCUGUCUGCUCUGUGAAUUAUUAUUGAUAAA